GUUUGCACUUUACAGGGUCACCGACUACAGAACUCGUUGAAAGCACUGUGAACUGAGUGGAGGAAAACGUACAAUCAUGGCUCGAUGCUUCAACUCUGCUCCUCUGCCAUUCCGGCCUCCACAUUCUCCGAGUUCCUCCUCCUAUUCCACGCAAUUGAGCUCCUCCAUGUCCCGCAGGAUCCUCGUGAGUAAGACGCUGGUGAGUAGACGUGGGAUUCAGCCCUCCGGAGCUGCCGAAGGAACCAGAGUGUUCGUCGUGUCUGAUCUACAUACGGACUAUGAGGAGAACAUGGAGUGGGUCAAGCGUUUGUCCGACCGGAAAACUGUUGGAGAUGUGCUUCUGGUUGCGGGCGAUGUGGCCGAGACAUACGCCAAUUUUGUUCAGACGAUGUCGAUUUUGAAGGAUAAGUUUGGUCGCGUCUUCUUUACGCCUGGUAAUCACGAUCUUUGGCUGCGCAGGGAGAGUAGCGAUUUGUUGUGUUCGCUGGACAAGCUGGAUAAAUUGAUAGAAGCAUGUCAUAGUGUUGGAGUGGAUACCAAACCAGAUGUAGUUGAUGGUAUUGGUAUCAUCCCGUUAUACUCAUGGUAUCAUGAGAGCUUCGAUACAGAGAAGGACAUAACUGGAAUCCGUAUUCCGCCAUUAGGGAUGGCAUGUAAGGACUUCCAUGUCUGCAAAUGGCCUGAUGAGUUGCAAAAUGAAGAGGCUUCACUUGCUCGGUAUUUUGAUUCUUUGAAUGAUGAAAAUUCAAAGAUAAUUGAGGAUAUCAUGACGGGAUGCAGUCAUAUAAUUUCAUUUUCUCAUUUCUUACCGAGGCAAGAGUUAUGCCCAGAAAAGAGAAUGCUCUACUAUCCAAACCUUCCAAAAAUGAUUGGCUCAAAAUAUCUCGAAAGUCGAAUAAGGGCUAUACAUGGAGCUGGAGGGAGAACAACAUCAUGCCACGUAUUUGGUCACACUCAUUUCUGUUGGGAUGCUGUUCUUGAUGGUAUCAGGUAUGUGCAGGCUCCCUUAGCUUAUCCUAGGGAAAGACGAAAAAAAGUGAAUGGAGGCGAAGAUUGGCUGCCUUUAUGCCUUUACUCUGGCAGGAAUUUUGCGGAGAAGCUCUCGAAUUGCUACUGGUCCGAUUAUUACAAUGCCAACCCGAGAACACCGGAUAUCACUCAGCCUGCCCCUUGGGUUACCAGAUUGAGAAGAUUGAGAAGGUGAAGUCGAUUUGGAGAACGCAGAAUAGAGAAGGAUUGGGGUCUGAGGGUAAAAUCGAUUUGCAGAAUACAGAAAAAUGAAUGGAAGAAUUGGAAGGGAAAUGAUAGGGACUAUUGUGCAAAUAUUUGGUAAAUUAAUUAGAUUUUGAUUUUUAAAAAAAUAAAAAAAUAUAAACAAAUAAAUGUACAUGCGUUUAAUUUUGAUUGGGUGAACCGGUUAAAUUGGAUAAAUUUAGACCGAUGAUCCCAACCCCUAUAUUGAAAAGUCGUGAACAUGGUUGUGGUCGUGUUAACAUGGGCAAGAACAUGGCCGUGUUCAGAAGUGCAAGGUAAUCAAUGCGACCGUAUUGAAGGCGGUAACACGGGCAAAAACAUAAUCAUGUUUAAAAGUGCAAGGUAAUCAAUAUAGCCGUAUUGAAGCCAAUACAGCCAUGUGUUCAGUCCUAUUCAAUCAUUG